CAACGUAACCACACCCCUAAAUCUCUCUCGCUGGCCGGGUGCGCAAUCUGUUUGUCCGUGUUCUGUGUGCAUGUGCAGUGGGUUGGUAGGCAUUUUGUUUAAUUCGUUCUGCAGCCUAGUCAGACAACCCACGUGCCAGUGUCGAUUCGGUUAAAUCCAAGAUAGCACUCGAGUCAGAGCAACCGAAGCCAUCACGGUUUUUUUACUGGAUGAAAUAAAAACUGUUUCGGGACCAUCGCUAGGUGGGAGUGUUGGGGGCGCCGCAGGUGUGUCACGAACAGGGUCGCGAGACUAACGAGUGGUCAGUCUGGUCCAACUUUGCCGAACAAAGCCGUUAAAUUCACGGUGGCAGAAUCAAUGACUGACUGAGUACUCUGGAGCAAGCAGCAGGGAGAUCAAUCAACAUGUUCAAAUCGGUCUUCCCGCUGAAGAAGCUGAGACGGAGUCGGAAACAUCUGCUGUUCUUAGCCUUGCUGAUGCUGGGAGCUUUCGCUGUUUACCAAGAGUUUGUAGCUCCUAGUGUGUGGAGGAUCACCAAUAGCCGUUUCAGUCCUACCAGUGAGGGCAGUCCCAGGAGAAGACCUACCCAAGAAAGAGUGGUAAGGAUAGGAGUGGUUGGAGGUGAUGUGGGGGAGGAUUAUUCAGAAGCCUGGUGUUCCAGCUACACCCCACAGCCCUGGAGGCCAGAGUAUAAGGGACAGGUUAAUCUCCAUAUCUUUGAGGACUGGUGUGGCAGCUCUACAGCUCAGCUCCGCAAGAACCUGCACUACCCACUCUACCCACACUCUAGAACCACUGUAAAGAAGCUGGCUGUUUCUCCUAGAUGGACCAACUAUGGCCUCAGGAUCUUUGGCUAUCUCCACCCCUAUACUGACGGUGAGUUUGUGUUCGCGGUGAGCUCUGAUGAUAACUCUGAGUUCUGGCUGAGCCGGGAUGACUCUCCACUCAACCUGCAGCUACUGACCUGGAUCGGCAAGACUGGCAUGGAGUGGACGGCACCUGGUGAGUUUGGGAAGUACGCCAGUCAGACAUCCAGACCGGUUAGGCUGUCAGUUCAGAGGAUGUACUUCUUUGAGAUCGUCCAUAAACAGAACGACAGAGGAACAGACCACAUGGAGGUGGCGUGGCAGCUGAACCAGGAGGGUCUAAGCUUUACAGUCAUCAGCUCCAAGUACAUAUCCCUCUAUACCAAUGAGUCCACUCUGAGGAUGAGUGACACCACUCACAUACCCCAAACGGCCGCCAGUCACACCCGCACGCCUAGCAACCAGCCUGACAACCAGCUGAGCAGCCAGCCUGUGGCCGACAUGCGGAGAGUUGACCCACGGGACACCCUCUACCAGAUCCCUGCCCUAGACAGUAGGUACCUCCGUGGUGUGUUACCUGACUGCUCCUAUAAACCAAGCUACAUCAUCAAAGGCUUCCCUCUGCUGCGAUACCAGGGUCUGCAGUUUGUCCACAUGUCCUACAUCUACCCCAAUGACUACACACGGCUCACACAGAUGGAGACAGAAAACACCUGCUUCUACCACAACAGUCCCCUAGACCUGGACAGGUAUGGCUUUUCCAGGUACAUGCGGCUGGAUGAGCCAGAGGGGCAGGAGGGAGAGAACAGAGCCAGAGAUAUUGGCAUCUCGAUGAGGAGAAAGGCGGUCCCAGAGGAGGGGUUAGAUGGCGAGGCUCCUCCAAAUGUGGGAGGGGCUAGUGAGACAGACCACACCCCUCCUGACUAUGGAGACUACUAUGACGAUUACGCCAAGAGACGACGACGCAAACUCUUCUCCCUGCCACAGGCCGACAGGGCACCUACACAUAGAAACAUGUCUGAUACUCUCACAUACAAGAAGAGGAGGAGGAAGAAGAGGAGAGGAUCUAAUGCAGCAGCUGUAGUCCAGACCAGAGUAACAGAAAUGGAUGGGUUAGAGAUCCCUCAUGGUCCUGGGUCACAUAAACCUAUACAGACUACACCAGAAGAAAAGCUGAGACCAGCAGACAGACCAACAGAUAGAGCAGUUGAACAGCUCAGACCAGCACAAAAAAAAAAGUCCCGAACAGGGGAACAGAAACCAGGAGGGAAUCCAGCAGACAGAGAAGAUCUGGGUCCAGCAGACAGAGAAGAUCUGGGUCCAGCAGACAGAGAAGAUCUGGGUCCAGCAGACAGAGAAGAUCUGGGUCCAGCAGACCAAAGUCAACCCAGACCAAGAGAGGGACCAGCAGAACAGAACUCAACUGGGAUAAAGAUUUUACCUUCACCACAAAAACUAGACCAGAACAUGCCAACAGACAGAUACAGACCAGCAGAGAGAUACAGACCGGCAGGCGGACCAGCAGACAGAGACGGACUAGCAGACAGAUCAGCAGACAGAGACAGACCACAAGUUCGGCUACCCCAGCUGCAAGGGAGGCGCCGGCGCAUUCAACAGCCUGGUCAGAGGGGUGGGACUAAGAUUAAAUCACCUCUAGUGAAGUUGUACCACAAAGCAACUGUGACUAGGAAGAGAGUCCAGGACCUAGAUACAGAUAUCAUCCUCCGAGCACAAACACAUAUAAAGUCACGACCGCAACCUGACUAUGACAACACAGUCCACAGGGCUCUGCCCCCUGGCGAGGUCAGAGGAAGGAACCAUCUGGUUGAAGGGAUUGACAGAGGGGAGGAGGGUGAGAGAAAGGGGGAGGAGAUGGGUGUGAGUGAGCCUUUAUGGAGUCUGGGGGGAGACUCUGAAGAGGAGGAGGGGCUGGCUUAUGACUCCACGCCUCCACCGGUGUUUGACCCUGAGGUGAACUGGGCUCAGACAUUCCAGGUGACCCCUGUUAACCUCCAGGCGAUGCGUUCUGAUUGGAUAGACCUAAGCUGUAACGUGUCUGGUAACCUGCUGCUCCGCCCUAGUGAUGCUCUGCCUGUUGUCAAGGCCUUCAUGGACAAACUAAACCACAGACACAACAGGCAUUUCUCCCUGGUGCGUGUGCUGAAUGUUGAGAGGAAAGUGGAUGGUGUUCAGGGCAGCAGGUACUUCCUGGAGCUGGAGCUAAGGGACAUGACUGGCCAACACCUUCGUUUGUCACACUACAUCUAUGCUCUGAUUCGCCAUAAUCGAUCUCGCCCCAGGGGAGUCCUUCGCCGUGCCCCUGAGACGUUGCUAUGCAAGCCUCUAGGCUUCCACUGGAACCCGACUGCCACUGUACACUUCAUAGUACCAGUAAAGAACCAGGCCCGCUGGGUGCAGCAGCUGAUAGAUGACAUGGAGGGUCUGUACCAGACCACUGGAGAUCCCUACUUCAACCUCAUCAUCACUGACUACAACAGCACUGACAUGGAUAUAGAGGCAGCACUAAAGGCAUCCACGCUGCACAGGUACCAGUACGUGAAGCUGAGUGGAAACUUUGAGCGUUCCGCUGGUCUACAGGCUGGCAUCGACCUCAUCAAUGAUGAGCACAGUAUAGUGUUUCUGUGUGACCUUCACAUCCACUUCCCCCCAUCCAUCGUCGACUCAGUCAGGAAACACUGUGUGGAGGGACACAUGGCCUUCGCCCCCAUCGUCAUGAGACUGGACUGUGGAGCUACGCCCAAGGAGCCCAGAGGUUACUGGGAGGUGAAUGGGUUUGGUCUGCUGGGGAUCUAUAAGUCUGACCUGGAUGCAGCAGGAGGCAUGAACACACACGACUUCACUGACCGCUGGGGAGGAGAGGACUGGGAGCUGCUGGACAGGAUUCUGCAGUCGGGUCUGGAGGUGGAGCGUAUCUACCUGAGGAACUUCCUGCAUCACUACCAUUCUAAACGUGGCAUGUGGAACCGGCGCACUCAACGCAGUGGCACGUAACCCACAACCACACAGCCAAAUUGUACAAUGAUGCAGCCAUAACCCACUACAACACAGCUGUAACUCACGACGACACAUCCGUGGCCACAAGGAAAUCAAGGAAACUGGCGCACUUUAAUUUCCGCACUCCUCGCAUCAGCCAUUUACAGCUGUCGACUGGUUAACGAGAGGGCAGGACAGAGGAGAUUCCUGACAUACCAUUGGGUGAUAUCUCCUGUCAUUCAAACUGUUUGAGGGUGUGGUGAUUAUGAAAUACAGAACAUAGUACGAACUGUCCUGGAAGAAGACACUCCUGAGCUAGUGCAGAGGUACUUAAAUCUUAACAUGGUCCACAGUACGACUGGUUAGCCAGAGAGUCCACUCUCCCAAGUCUGAAUCAGUACACACACACACACACACACACACACACACACACACACACACACACACACACACACACACACACACACACACACACACACACACACACACACACCUUGUUAAAUAUCAGUGAUCAUACAGUAUUUGUAUGUAAUCAGGACUGUGCUUAUUUAUUGACAAUGACAGGAUGCACCAAUGUUACACUUUAUUCUAAGAGUGUAAUACUUUAUUUCAGGUUAAAACAUGGUUUUAUUAAUAUAAUUAAUUAAGAUGGGGGGAGGGGGAUGACUUCUGAUAGAAGAGACUAUUAAUUGAGGCAUGGGGGGCUUACUGUACUGGAUGGGGAUAUUUCCCUUAAAGCAAUGUGCAUCAUGAAGCCCCGAAUUCACCCGAGUGCUUGCUGUAUAGCUCUACUACCUCAGAGCUCUACUACUGACUCUUGGAUGUGACAUUGUGCCUAUUGAAUGUGUCCUUCAAAGCGCUGUCCAUUUCAUUUUCUUUGGAUUAUACUUCAGAGGAUCCCGCAUCCAAAGGCGUUUGGAGAUAUUUGAAGCAAGUUAACAAUGUUUUAUGCAACACUGCGCCUUCUCUACAGCUCCUCUAAAAUGAGAACUUUUGGAAUUGGGAAGUACAACCUGAACAUGUCAGUUAAAUGCAAAAUGUUGUUUUCUAUUUCACAAUAGGAUUAGGGGUAUCACAGGACCUUGUAUAUACAGUUGAAGUCGGAAGUUUACAUGCACUUAGGUUGGAGUCAUUAAAACUAGUUUUUCAACCACUCCACAAAUUUCUUGUUAACGAACUAUAGUUUUAGCAAGUCGGUGAGGA